GUGUGUGUGUACUCUCUCUCUCUCUGUCUCUGUGUUGAGGAGUCAGCAGAUAUGAGGGGUGAGCUGUACACUACGUUACAUUGGGAAACCUGAGAAAUUUCCACCUCAGAGGGGUGGGAACCUUGAAAAGAGAGCGCAGGUUCCCCCUGAGUUGACAUGAAGCUGACCACAUGCUGCUCCAGUCCACACUGUCACCACAUCUGCCUGUCGUCACUGCUGGGACCGCCACGCUCACCUACUGCCAUCAUGGUCCGCCUGGUCUUGAUGUUUGCUCUGGUCAUCAUUGGAUACGUUUAUGGAAGAAGACCUCCACCACCUCCUCUGCCUAUGAAGGAUGGCUGCUACCUGGUGUCUCCAGAGUUGACGUUAUUCAGAGUGGAAGGUGAGGCAGUAAUCCUCUCCUUCCCAAUGUUCAAGAGAGUGCUUCAGUUACGAAACAUCGCCCCCCUGACGGCAAAGUACAUCAUCUCCAAGGCCAACGGGACAGAGGGUGGGAUCCAUCAGGACGGGGUGCGUGUCCGGCAGAGGAACCAACAGCUGUGGUUCCUCCCAGCGAACGCUUCAGACUCGGGGGAAUAUAUCUGCACUUACAGAAAUGAAACCUACUGUGUCACUGGGAGUAUCAAGCUACAAGUGUACGAGGCCACUUCUGUUGACAUGAAGAAACUGUCCUAUCCAAUCCGUGCCAUGGUGGGAGAGCAGAAUGUGCCACUCAGAUGUUCCAUAGAAGACUUCAAAAAGCCAGACAGUGUGAUCAGGUGGUAUAAGGACUCCAGCUCCACUGACCGUCAGCUCAUCAGAGGGGGCUCCUUCCGCCGGGGCAACGCCAAACUAAUAAUCCCUUACGUGAAGCGAUCCCACGCAGGUGUCUACACCUGCGAGCUCAGAGUGCUCAUCGACAACCAGCAGUACAAAAUCAGCAGGACCCUCAUGGUCCAUGUAGAAGGUGUAGACCCUGAAACUCCCACUCCCACUGUGGCUGACCUCUCCGUGACCUCUAACCCCGGGCUCAUCAGCAGCAGCAGCCACACGACACCUCACACUCUGGUAAUACAACCACCUGUGAUUAUGUCUCCGCUGAAUGGAACCAUUUUUGAAAGUCUACAUGGCUCAGGACUGGAGCUGUUUUGCAAUGUGCUCACCGACUGUCAGAUGGCUGAUGCUACUACAGUCCAAUGGCUGGUCAACGGCCAAUCAGUGGAGUCAUCAUACCUUGAUAACCGGGCUUUGCAGGGGGGUAGAAGGGUAACCAGGGUGUCUGAUGACUGCCAGAUUGAGCUAAGGCUAAUCUUUGUUGAGAUGACUGAAGAAGACGAAAAGAUGGAGCUGAAGUGUGUCGCCGAGAAUCAAGGAGGGAGACAGGAAGUUGUCACACUGUUUCAGCUUGAAGACUCCACAUUCACAUGGCUGGUGGUAGGUGCGGUGGCCAUAUCCUGCUUCCUGACUGUGGUUUCUGUCUUCCUCUACGUCCUCUGCAAACCUAGAAGGAAAACGAAAAUGGACUACAUUCUGGCUCGUCAGCACAGCACUUUCUAACUCUGCUUGUGUACACGCUCCCUUCACAAACGUCUUCAUUGUGUCUGCUGUUACAGGAAACCAGUGUUUCAUGCAUUGUGCACAUGUGAUGUUGUGCAGUAUAACCACUGCGUCUUGUUUGGAAGUCAGCACUCCUUUCAUGGGGAUUCCAUGACUUUACAUCAGUAGCUGCGUUCGCCUGCUGUGACGUGACAGUCCUCCGUCUCCUCAUCCUCGACUGAAAAUUACUCAUGGAUUUUUUUUUGUGUUACUUUUGGUUUUGUAUGUGCUACUGAGUUGAUUACAUGCAUUUAGUUUAUUUGGGGGGGAUUAUUACCUCAGGGAGUUAUCUUGCACAAUAGGGAAGUAUUCAGUCCAUUUGCAAACCUGCAUGUCUCCACAUUUGUACUCCAUUAACCAAUCGAAUCUUUCAUUGUUGAAAGAUGUGUAUGUUUGACUGAAUGUAGCAUUUUUUAAUGUGUUAAAUUACCACUCUAUUAAAUGUAUGUAAUGGUG